AUGGCGGAGGCUUCAACAUCAACCUUCACCAGCCGCCUGCUUCGGCGACUGGAAGUCCAGAGGGACACGGAUGCCGACGUGGACAUCUACGUUAACAAGGACACUCGUCCAUUGCCUCCGUCCCGUCGACCUUAUGGACCCUGGGAGUUUGUCGGUCUCUGGAUGGUCACUGGAUCGUUCAACGUCGGUGGAUGGACGACUGGCUCUUCACUCAUUUCACUUGGGCUGAAUGUCUGGCAAUCAAUGCUUGCUAUUAUCAUUGCACACACCUUUGUCGGAUUUGUUUGCAUUGCGGGCGGUCACCCUGGUGCGAAGUGGCACAUUGGAUUUCCCUUAUGGAUGAAGCAGAACUGGGGUAUCUGGGGAUAUUGGUUCCCAAUGGCUAUUCGCGUCUUCCUUUCAUUUGUUUGGACAGCCACCAAUACAUGGUAUGGUAGCCAAUGCCUCAAGGUCCUUCUGAGCUGCAUGUCGCCAGCAUUCCUCAAACUUGACACCCCAUUAGCAAACGGAGCCAUGAAAGCAUACGACUUCGUCUCAUUCAUCGUAUACUUCAUUCUUUGCCUCCCGUUGAUCUGGUUCAGCCCCGAGAGAUACAAGAAGCCAUUCCUCGUCUCAUCAGUGACCGUCGCGACGACUGUCUUCGCGCUGUUGAUCUGGGCCACCGUUCGCGCUGAUGGUGGAGGAGCCCUUCUGGCAGACACUACCAUCAGCGGCGUGAAGCCAGCCAAAGGCGGUGAUUUAGGCUGGGCGUUUGUUGCUGCCAUCACUGCCAAUAUUGGAGGCAUUGCCACACACAUGUGGUCUCAGUCCGACUACACACGAUAUGCUCGCAAACCAGGUGACCAGGUCCUGGCUCAGCUUGUCAUGGUACCGCUUGGCACUAUCAUCGUGGCAUGCAUUGGUAUCGUGUGCACCUCAUGUGCAGCGACUCUUUACCCCGAGGAGAAAAAGCUGCUCUGGCAACCGUAUGCCUUCCUUGAUGCCAUUCGAAAGUACGAAGGUAAUAGUGGUGCUAGGGCUGGUGUCGCGUUCGCGAGCAUUGCAUUCAUGUUCUCCCAAUUCGGCAUGGUGGUAGCAUCCAACUGCGUCGUUGCUGGUAUUGACUUGGCUGCUCUGUUCCCUCGAUGGUUCACUAUUCGGCGAGGUGGCUAUUUCACAAUCGUUUUCGUCUUUGUCAUGCAGCCGUGGUCGUUAUUGAACAGUGCGACCAACUUCCUGACUGUCGUUGGAAGCUUCAACAUCUUCUUGGGGCCUCUCAUGGGCAUUAUGUUUGCCGACUACUUCCUUCUGCGCAAGACCACCAUCAAGCUUACAGAACUCUUCUCGAACUCACCGGAGAGCAUUUACUGGUAUACCAAGGGCUGGAAUUGGCGCGCUGCCGUCGCCUGGCCCAUGGGCGUCUGGUUUCUCAUGCCUGGCCUCGCCCAGCGUGCCGUGGAACCCACUGGGUUCUGGGCCGGGUGGACUAGACUUUAUCAACUAUCGUGGUUCCUGGGAUGCUUGGUUUCAGGUAUCGUUUACAUGGCUCUGGAUUAUUUCUGGCCCAUGCCCGAGAAGCUUGCUGUUGAUGAUCUGGACUAUUUCGGAACCUUCGGAGAUCCGCCUUCCUUUUUAGAAGCGAAGUUACCAGCUCCAGGCGCUACCAUUGAAGAGAAAGUAUCGGAGAAGGGAGUCAGGGUAUAA